GCGGCGGCGCUUUGGGGCCUGGUGUCUGCUCUGCGGCAGCGCCGCCUCCCGUAGCCGGCUGGAGAGUGGGGGGGGGGCGCUCGCCGGCUCCUCGCCCAGCUGGGGCCCGGGGCGUCUCGGGACCCUUCACGGGGCGGCCCAGGCGGUAGUUUCUAGGGGCCCCUGGGGCGGCCCGGGGACGUUGAGAGUUUCUAGGGGCCCCUGGGAUAAGGGGUGGGGGAAGGUGCUGGGUGUUUCUAGGGGCCCCGGGGGACUGGGCCUUGUCGGCGGUUUCUAGGGGCCCCUGUGGGGGGGAGGCGGUGCCGGCAGUUUUUAGGGGCCCCCCUGGGGUGCUGGGACCUGCCGCGAGUUUCUAGGGGCCCCGGGGGCUGGGACAGUGCCGGGAGUUUCUAGGGGCCCCCGUGGGGCUGGGCCCCGUGGGUAGUUUCUAGGGGCCCCCGUGGUGGGGUGGGGCGCUGGGUGUUAGAGGCGCUCAUUGCCGGGGUCACAGUCUCAGCCGUUGGGAGGCAUCGGGGGUCUCCCUGACAUUACUUUCCUGGCUGGGCUGGGCGAUGAAUGGCUUCAGCACCGAGGAGGACAGCCGGGAUGGGCCCCCCGCUGCCCCCUUUUACGGCCAGAGCUGCUGCCUGAUUGAUGACGGGGACCGCUGUGUCCGCCCGGCCGGCAAUGCCUCCUUCAGCAAGAGGAUCCAGAAGAGUAUCUCCCAGAAGAAGCUCAAGCUGGACAUUGACAAAAGUGUAAGGCAUCUGUACAUUUGUGAUUUCCACAAGAAUUUCAUUCAGAGUGUGCGAAACAAAAGGAAGAGGAAAACUAGCGAUGAUGGAGGAGACUCUCCUGAGCAUGAGAUGGAUGUCCCAGAGGUUGACCUGUUCCAGCUGCAAGUGAACACGCUGCGACGGUACAAAAGACAUUACAAGUUACAGACCAGGCCUGGCCUCAAUAAGGCUCAGCUAGCAGAAACUAUUAGCCGCCACUUCAGAAAUAUUCCUGUGAACGAGAAGGAGACGCUUGCUUACUUCAUCUACAUGGUAAAGAGCAACAAGAGCAGGCUGGACCAGAAAUCAGAAAGCAGCAAGCAACUAGAAUGAAGAUGAGUUGGACUUUGGAUGAGAAUAAGCAUAAUAUUGAAGGAACAGGUGGUGUCAUGCAUUUUAAGCUUCUGAAGACUGUUAAACUAAAUUGUAAAUUUGUUUUAAAUGUGAUGUGUGUGAAUGACAUAGAAACUCUUGGUCAGGACUAUCUGAAAACAUGCAUCCAACAUGCCUAAGAAGACUUACUUCCCAGUCAAAGCCAACACUGGAAUGAAGGAAUAAAGAUCAUAGUAAGAACUAAAGAUAUCAGUAGGACUCCGUGGCUUUGGAGUUCAUUGAUAUAGUGUAUUAAAGUACUUCUGGAAGCCUGCUUCUGAAUGUGAUUUAGGUGAUGAGUAAAAAGAAUUCAGUGGCCUCAUUCUGCAUCACCAAACCGCCAUGCAGCACACUUUGACUCAGGACUGGAACAGCGGUGGAUUAUAAUUUAGAAUGCAUGGGUCAGAAGUCUGUCUGAAGCUUGCUCACAACCUGAGCACAUUCCACCUUUCUCUGAGUCAGUGCUACAAGUCCCAGUCUUCUGUGAGUGAAUGCUACAAUUCACCAAAUCCACUCAGUGAAUGCUAUUUGAUUGGUUUGAAAAUGGAUUUCUCACAUUAUAUUAUAUGGAAACCAAACCGAUAUUGCCAACCUUUUCAUCUGCUUCACCUUAUUUAAAAACUCAUUAUUUAAUUUAAUUGUUUAAGCAUUUGAGAACAUCUGCAUUUUCUGGACUUAUGACAUUUAAGGAAAUAUGUGGCAUUUAGGCAAAUAUUGUGAAUUAAUUCACUGGUUUGAUCAUGUUGUUAAAAUGCCCUAAUUAAUUUACAUAAGCCUGUUGUGUCUCUUGAAUUUUAGGCUCACGGGGAUAGGUGAAGCAAUGGCUCAUGACAUGAGCUUUUAUUCUGGGUCAGAUCAGGUAUAAGUCACACAAGUGAUUUUAUUCUCAAUCUGGUCUUCAGCAGGUCCACAUCACAAAACUGGCACACAGAUUGGUCCGACUUCCAGUCCCAAUUUCAGAUAAACCAUUCUAGGAGCAAUAGUUAUGUCACCAGUGUACUAACAGGAGUGUAUGCGAUAUCUGAACUGUUUUUGGCAUGGACAGAGUCAAAAAACAUUCACCUUUCAUAAGCAUUUAAUUUACGUUUCCUAGGAAUAAUGCUGAUCAUAGAAUGGCACACAGUUGUCCUUUGUGAUUGCUUAUUUUCAAAGUAAAGUUAAAAUCACUCAUUUUUUGUCAUUUCAAGCCAAGGUAUUCCUUCACAGCCUAAACAAAAUUGGCAAAGGGAGCCUAAAGAGGGUUGUGACCUGUCAUUUUCCAAUGACCUCAAAUCCAAUUCAAGGUAAUCUUUGUGAUUUAAAACACUAGUCCGCGCCUCUGCUGUUUUAACUUUUUAGUCUUUUUAUUCUGUUCUGAGAUGCCAAGACCCCACUUGAUGAACGUAUAUGCAAACAAGCCUUAAGCAGCAAAGUGAACAGUGGAGAAUUUAGGUUAGAAUUUUUCAAUUGUGGGUUUGAACAAGCAGAAACCAGCUGUAGCUUUGAAUAGCUAAACAUGAGACACAGCUCGAUAUUGUAUGUAAUGCUUAUUGUACAAGUCAGUUCUUACAAUAACUUCUUGAUAUCUUAAGCUUUCCCAAAGUGUCCGUUAAGAUAAUUAAGGUCACCACUCUAAGCAAACUGAGUUUGUUUGCAAAGCUUUCAAGUGUUUUCUUGAAUAUCCAUUUGGAAUAUAAGCAACUUCAGCCUUUUUAAUAAGUCCAAUGUCAUGCAGAAAAUACUUCUAGUGCUAGGGAUAUUCCAUUUUAAUCUGAUGCAUCUCUGAAGGAUGUGGAUUGUUUUAAGUGUCCUCACAGACUCCAGUUCAGUAUGAAUUUGAAGAACCUUUUGCUAUUUAGAUCAGAGGAUAUGUCUACCCUUCAGUUAAAAACCUGUGACUGGCCCAUGCCAGCUGACUCACGCUCAUGGGGCUAGGGCUAGGGAGCUAUUUAAUUGCCAUAUAGCCAUUCGAGUUUGGGCUGGAGCCGGGGCCCUAGUGAGGCCCAAGCCCAAACAUCUGCAAUUAAACAGUCACUUGGGAGUCAGCUGGCAUCGGCCAGCCACAGGUGUCUAAUUGCAAUAGAGACAUAUCCUAAGGGGCUUUGACACAAGCAGUGAAGGAGUGUAUGGAAUGGUAAGCAAAUGUCUUGCAUCAAUAUUUCUUGAAUAUUUAAGAGUCUCCAUUAUUCUAGUCCCUUCCUUAUUGGAAGGAUGAAAUAAAAACCCAGUAUCACUCAGUUGAUCUGAUUUAUAUAAUUCAGGACAGAUGCUUAGAAGGUAUGUUCUCUGACUGCAUGAUUAACUGCAGAGUUUGUAUGCAUGCAGCCGGAGGAGAGUGAUUAAGGAAAAAUCUGUCUUCAAGUUAUGAGUAGGUUAUGCCUCAUCCUGACUUCCAGACCAAAAUUGUAAAAAAUGGAAUUUAUGUGGUGGUGGUUUUUUUUUAAAGAGCAAAUAAUUUGUUGCAGUGUUUUAGCCGCUCAGCAGCAAAUAGUUUCUUUACAAAGGAAAUAUGGUGGCAGGUUCCAUCUGUUCAGGUGUAUUCACUGGAAUGUUUUUGUGCAGAGGUGGGAUUCAGGACAUUUUUCUGAGCUAAUCGAUUGAUAUAAAAUGUAUGAUUGUUGUUGGUUUCACUUACCCAAUUAUACUUAAAAAUCUCAUUCUAAGAUGUGGUGAUGGAAAGAUGUUUACCAGCCAUUAGUAGGGAGUUUAUAAGGUGGAGAGGUUGGAGGAGGGACACCAAAGAAGCAGAGGAAUCUUUGGUUUUCAGAUCCCUUGGAUUCCAUUGCCUUAUAAACACUUGGAGAUGCCUUAUUCUCUUGUUCUCAACUCAGCUAGAGUAACAAGCCUUGAUCAUGAGAGCAAGUGUCUUGGUGGAGGGACUGGUCACUCAUGUGACUCCCCAUGCUAGAAACUGACAUUACACGUCAAUUCAGCAGCAAUAGCCAUGUUCAGAGUGCCUAUGGCUCUCAGAGCAUUUAGAUUUUAAUAACCAGAAAUGCAACAAUGCAAUUGUUCUGUGUAAUGCCGCUGUGUGUACUUGAUUAUGCUGCAUGCCAAUUAAUGAUACUGUCCAACGUUUUUUAAAUCCUCAACAGCAAAUAUUUUUUUGAGCCUCCAGAGGUGUGAAAGCUGAGGUAGCAGAAUUUUUCUGCACUUCGGGGUUUGUUUAAGAUGCAGGAGAGCAGAAUUGCUUUGAUUGACACGGUUCAUUCACACAAGGUGUAUGUUUUUACCUUGAUACUUUUAGAAUUUGCAUUUCACAGGUGGGACUUAAAUGCUGUCUAACUGAACCAUGGUGUGCAAACGUUUAGUAGUAGAAUAUCAUUUCUUCCAAGUCUGUGGGUAGAAUUCAUCCUGUGCGGAAGACCCUAUAGGAAACCCUCCUGUCCACAUAAGAACCUAAUCCAUUUAAAGACUCCUAUCAACUUCAUUAGGGUUUGGAUCAGACCCUAGCCCUUAGGAUGGAACUCAGAGUCCCUCCUGCAGGCUUCUUCAGUGGGUUAAUUUCAUCCUGUGUAGUGGUCCUAUGCUGGUCACUUGUAUUUGUAGGGGAAGAAAAAAAUCACUGACCUUUUUCAUGCCUUGGGCUCAGUGAAGUAAAAAGCAAGAGAAUUUGAAGUGUACUGUGAUAGGAUUAAAUUAGGGGCAGUUGCAUUGUGAUGACUGGAAAGUGCAGCUGAUACAGUGGGCAAGACUUUAGGGGGCACUUUGUCCUUAGACAUUCUGUGUUCAUCUUUCAAGGCCUAGUUUUAUCUCUGUAUCUUGCAUACUGCAUAUCUUGAGCAAACUGUUGCAGUAAUAUUUAAUAGUUGUUUUGCUAGAAACUUUGGAUAUUAAAGCCUGAUUAAAAAUUUAGGACAACCUAGCUAUAUUGCUCAGGAUUGUGAAAAAUGUAAUGCCCUGUGCAACAUAGUUAGGUCGACCUAACUCUGCUGUAGACACAGCUCGAUCACCAGAAUUCUUUCCGUCAAUCUAGCUACUGUCUCUCCAAGAGAUGAAUUUCCUACAUCAAUGGUAAAAGCCCUUCCUGUCAAUGUCAGAGGCAUCUACUCUAGAGUACUACAGACAGCAGAACUGCAGCACCAUCGCUGUGCCAUUCUAACUGCUGUGAUGUAUACAUAUCCUAAGAUUCAGAGAAGUGGAGGAUAAAGAUUGUCCUGACUUUACCUAAUUCUCUGGUACCUUCAGGCGUGCUUCUAAGAAAAGUUGUAGGCUCUUUUGAUGUGUAGCUAAACCAAAGAAACCGGUCUGGCAUUUGAAAGUCAGACAUGUCAGUAGGAUGGCUUCUUAUCCAAACAAGCAAUGAAAUCUAGAGCCAAAGUAACCCACAGCAAACAUAUUUCAGGCUAGGUAGCAUAGCAAAGAAAACUCCAAAUAGGACAUGGUCCAAAUGAAAACCCAGCUAAAUGGGCUUUUUAAAAAUGUGUGUGAGAAGGAAGAGUCACCUAACCAGUGUAACAUUUUGCAAUGAGUGUUUUAUGCCAAACACAAAUGCAGUGGAGAGGAGAAAGGGUGGGCCAUGCACUUUACUUCUGUCGGUAGGUUCUAAUGUAAAUACCGGUGGGAAAUCAUGGUAAGUAAAUGGAGGGGGACUUAACCAAAAUCGUUUGUUUCAAACAGAAAACCAGUCUUACUCCUGCAAUGACCUAGCAUUGCUUUCUCUUUAAAGUUCAAACUAUUGAGAUGAGGGAACAUUAAACUUUUAGGUGGGAGCCAUUUUACUGCCCAGUGGAUUCACUAAAGGGCCCAUCAUGGAGAGACAAUAGAAUAUUGUUGAUUGCUCAUUUUGAUUUUCUUCAUGUCAGCUAGGGCUUAUCAAGCAUAAGAGAGGGGGUAAAGUUCAGUUUGCAGUUUCUGCUUUCUCGUUGUAAAUGGGAUUCUAACAGCACCAGAUAGUCCAUUCACUUCUGCACCCUGCUCUCACUUCCACAUUACCCGUUACCCACAGCUCUGUUUGAAAGUAACUAAAUAGUGUUCAUGGAAUGGGAGGGCUCUUGCCUUAAAUUCUGAAUUUUACUUACAAUCAGGUCUGAUGUAUAAAAUAGGUUCUUAGGGUCUCUGACUUAAUAGAUUUCCAGUGUUUUUAAAAGAAUGAGGUUUGCGUUUUUGCCUUUCAUUUGUUGUCUUCACCCAUCCUGUCUUGUCCCAUUCCACAGCCAGAACACCAAGAGGACACACAUCGGAUAACUUUAAAAAGAAAAUCCUUUUACUCCUGUACCAGGCUUACUGGGAGAAAAAACAAUCAUUCCCCCUUUCAUUACAGCCUCCCACAUGUUGUGCUGAUCUUCUGCCAAAUGUUUUGGAUAGCUUGUAUUUUUACUGAUGUAAGAAAGCUGUGUACUGUCAGUGUAACUCUAGUAACUUAUAGUGAAACUGUAUAAUUCUCUCUGAGAUGUAGAAAAUGUUCUGCUCCCACCAUGUAUGAGACUAACUGUACUGUGAGACAAAGAGAUAAAUGCCUGAGUUUCACUUUUAAUAAAUGAUCUAUCUAGCAACAAACCCC